AACACGGUUAUGAACAGCAGAAAACAAUAAUCACCGCUGGCAAACUACGUUUUUACUCCGCUGUAAUAUGUUAAUUCCCCUGGCAGCUGACUCUCAAAAUGGACCCUCUCCAAAGGUCAAAUGCGUCAACCCUCAAACUCUCAACCAUAUUUUCCCACCUCUUUAAAUAUUAUCCCUCCUCCUCCACCACCAUCUGUCACAUUUUGCUCUAUAUCCUUCCCUUCUCUUUUCUCUCUCACGCACUCACACAGUAACCCAAAAACACCAUAACUCAGAGGUUUUCUGUUUGUUUUUCUUUCUAUCUGGAACUCCCGCGGCAACUUUAACUCCUUUCUUGAGCCAAACAAGCAUUCCUCCCCCACAGGUGUCUUGCCAUUUCCAGCUUCUUCAUACACCACACCUCAACUUAAAUUGAGUUAAAUAUCAAUGCUGCUUUUCUUGCCGCAUUGAGAAAAAAAGAAUAUGCAAUCCCUACACAUUUCCCACCGUUUUUCUCCUUCCAACUACCACCAAUCCUCUCCUGUCAACCGCCGGUUACUACCUCCGGUUUCCGUAGGGUUCCCCCGCCGCAGUACCUUUGGCUCUGGUCUAGCUCUUCGUUCCCCUGCAUUAUUCCAAUGCUGCUCUCUCCAGUCUCCGUCUCCAGUGAUGACGGACAAAGCGAGGUUUAUGGAGGUGUCCAGAGACGGAAACGUAAUUCCUCUGUACAAAUGCAUUUUCUCGGAUCAUUUGACGCCGGUGAUGGCUUAUCGGUGCUUAGUUAAAGAAGACGACCGCGAGGCCCCCAGCUUCUUAUUUGAAUCCGUGGAGCCUGGUUUUCGUUCUUCCAGUGUUGGUCGGUAUAGCGUGGUGGGUGCUCAGCCAGCAAUGGAGAUCGUGGCAAAAGAAAAUAAUGUUACGAUUUUGGAUCACCGGAAAGGGAAGUUGACGAAGCUUGUUGUUGAUGAUCCAAUGACGGUUCCGAGAGAAAUUUCCGAGGCUUGGAAGCCUCAGUUGAUCAAUGAACUUCCUGAUACAUUUUGUGGUGGUUGGGUUGGCUAUUUCUCGUAUGACACAGUACGUUUCUUAGAGAAGAAGAAGCUUCCAUUCUCUCAGGCGCCUCAGGAUGAUAGGAAUUUAGCCGAUAUUCAUUUGGGGCUAUAUGAUGAUGUUAUCGUAUUUGAUCAUGUAGAGAAGAAAGUGUUUGUGAUUCACUGGGUGCAGUUAGAUCAAUUCUCAUCAAAAGAGGAGGCUUACACUGAUGGCAUGAAACGCUUGGAAGCACUCGUAUCAAGAGUCCAUGAUAUUGAUCCACCUAAGCUAUCUCCUGGUUGCGUGGAGAUGUGGACUCCAAACUUUGGACUGUCUUUAAACAAAAGCAACAUGACAAGAGAAGAAUACAAAAAUGCUGUUACACAAGCAAAGGAGCACAUUUCUGCAGGAGAUAUCUUCCAGAUUGUUUUAAGUCAACGUUUUGAAAAGAGAACAUUUGCUGAUCCAUUUGAAAUUUAUAGAGCACUAAGAGUUAUCAACCCUAGUCCAUAUAUGGGUUAUUUACAGGCUAGGGGAAGCAUUCAUGUUUCUUCAAGCCCCGAAAUCCUGACACGCGUCAAGAAGAGAAAGGUUGUGAACCGACCAUUAGCCGGAACAACUAGAAGGGGGAAGACACCCCAAGAAGAUGACAUGCAGGAAGCACAGCUCCUGCAAAAUAAAAAGCAAUGUGCUGAACACAUAAUGCUGGUUGAUUUGGGCCGAAAUGACGUGGGAAAGGUUAUCUCCCGCAAAUCUCUUAUAGUUCCUUACUAAUAUUGUGUAUCACAUUUACAGUUAAUGCUCACAUGUGGAGUAUGUUCAUCUAGAGUUGUUUUUUGCUGCUGAGUUGUGGUGUAUUCCCUGUUUUUGUUGACAAUUAUGUGUUCUCGCUAGCAUAUAAUUUUGUCACUUUCUUAAAUACUGUGUUAACUUACUCUAAAGCAUUGCUAAUGUAGGUGGCAAAGCCUGGUUCUGUUGAUGUUGAAAAGCUCAUGACUGUUGAGCGUUAUUCACAUGUGAUGCAUAUAAGCUCUACGGUGAGUAUAUGGUUGUAACGUAUUUUUGAUAAUAACACUCUUCAGGCUUUUAAAUUUGUGUGUCCCUUUAGAGUGUCUCUGUUGUAGUGUACCUUGUUUGCAGUAUAAACCCAUGCAAAUUUUACAUGCAGGUCACCGGUGAAUUGCUGGAUCAUCUUACUUGCUGGGAUGCAUUACGUGCAGCCUUGCCUGUUGGAACAGUUAGUGGGGCACCUAAGGUGAAAGAUGUUCUUUCUUUGGAUAAUUUUGAUUAGAUGACUAUUAAGCACUAAUAUUACUACUAUUCUAAGCGUUUGAAUUACAUGUAACACAUGUCCAAUCAUGUAAGUCAAUGAAGCCAAAAAAAGAACAGCAAAGUAGUGACAAGCUAACCUAAAUGCAUUUCAUUCCUGCCUUUGUUCCAUAAUGAAAUCUUGUGUGGAUGCUAGUAUCACAGUAAAUGAAGGUUGUUUGCUUUUCCAAAAAUAUGCCUCAGUAUCCACAAAAACUAUCCAAAUCUCCAGAAAUUUUAGGAGUGAAAGUCAUUCUCAGCGUCUGACUAUUUUCAAAUGUCUCACAGGUAAAGGCAAUGGAGUUAAUUGAUCAGUUGGAAACCGUCAGGCGUGGGCCUUACAGUGGUGGAUUUGGUAGUAUCUCCUUCUCCGGUGACAUGGAUAUUGCACUAUCUCUCAGGACGAUUGUAUUUCCCACUGGACCCCGUUAUGACACAAUGUAUUCUUACAAUAACAAUGAAUUACGUCGAGAAUGGGUUGCUCACCUACAAGCUGGAGCCGGGAUCGUAGCUGACAGUAUAGCUGAGGACGAGCAGAUGGAGUGCGAGAACAAAGCUGCAGGUCUGGCUCGAGCCAUCGAACUGGCGGAGUCUGCUUUUGUAAAUCGAACGCGUGAGCAGAAACUGAAUUACGGUCCUUCUGCAACCCCUGUUUCAAGCACAAAAGCAACGGUGCAGGUUGAAGCCUGAGUUGGUUGGCAUGGAUAAGAAAAAACUUAACAUAUUAAUGGUGGUGAAUGUAUCAAAUAGAAAGAAACCAUCCUUACUCCCGUAUAUUCUUCCAUAUACCAUCUCUUAAACCUCAAAUGAGUUCUGGGUAGUUAAACAAUACGUUAGGAUUUAUAGGUAAAUUGGUAUGGCAAUCCCAUUGUACUAUUGGGAACAUUCGAUUGGCCAAGCUUUGAGAAAGAAACGGCGGCUGGGAUUUGAAUUGCAUCAUCAAAAUGUAUAAUAGAGCAAUUCGUCUCGGGGACUGGAAUGUUAUCAACACGAGUAAAUGAAUAAUGAUGCUCUCAAGUGUCACAACUGUUCACUCCCUCCGUCCCACAAAAAUAGUGUAAUUUUAAAAUAUAUAAUUUUUUUAAUUUAGUCAAUCCAUCAAGGUACAAUUCAUUUUUAUUCUGUAAACUUCCAAUUUUACCCAAUUAUUAGCAAAUCAAAUUUCCAAUA